UAGAGAGAUUUUUGGUUUGUUAUAUGUUUGUAAUAACGACCCGUCAGUACGUCUGUAAAAGUUGUAUCAUCUUUGGAUCAGCUGGAUUUUAAAGGCAUAAAGGUGUUUAACUUGCGAGGCAAGAAAACAAGCGAGCGUUGUCGUACCAUGGUUGCAGCGUUGGAACGAGGACUAAGCGCUUCCAAGUCAUUCAAUUUCAAAAGAAUGUUUGAAUCAUCAUCGAAAAAACAUCAACAACCUCAAACAAUUGUUAUAGAGAACGGAGAUUCACAUCUUGUCGAAUCCAACACGCCUGAAAGCCAAAACUCCGAUAGCUUGUCAGAAAGCCCCGUUGAGAGCAUCCCUCCGAUGAUUUCUCCUCUUAACCGGCCAGGAAAACGACCUGAUAGACAACAAGCAGAUACGGAGAUGUUGAAGGACAGGUUUGCGAAAUUACUUCUUGGAGAAGAUAUGUCCGGUGGCGGAAAAGGUGUAUCUUCUGCUCUGGCUCUUUCCAACGCCAUCACAAAUCUUGCUGCGUCUAUAUUCGGAGAACAAACAAAGCUACAACCGAUGCCGCAAGAUAGACAAGCGAGGUGGAAGAAAGAGAUCGAUUGGUUGUUGUCUGUGACCGAUCACAUCGUCGAGUUUGUUCCUUCUCAGCAAACGAGUAAAGAUGGAGUUUGCACCGAGAUUAUGGUGACAAGACAAAGAGGUGAUCUUCUCAUGAACAUCCCAGCCUUGAGAAAACUCGACGCCAUGCUCAUCGAUACACUUGACAAUUUCAAAGGACACAAUGAGUUUUAUUACGUGUCGAGAGAUUCAGAAGAAGGGAAACAAGCAAGUAAUGCUAGGUCAAACGACAAAUGGUGGCUUCCUCCGGUGAAAGUACCUCCAGGCGGUUUAUCUGAACCGGCUAGGAGAAUGCUUUACUUCCAGAAAGAUUCAGUCACACAGGUCCAAAAAGCUGCAAUGGCCAUUAAUGCUCAAGUUCUCUCCGAAAUGGCAAUACCCGAGAGCUACAUCGACUCUCUCCCAAAGAACGGAAGAGCUAGCCUUGGGGACUCGAUCUACAAGAGCAUAACAGAGGAAUGGUUUGAUCCAGAGCAGUUUUUGUCAAUGUUGGACAUGUCAACAGAGCACAAAGUGUUGGAUUUGAAGAAUAAGAUUGAGGCAUCUGUUGUGAUAUGGAAGAGGAAGCUUCAUGUGAAGGACAGCAAAUCUUCUUGGGGAUCAGCAGUUAGCUUGGAGAAAAGAGAACUGUUUGAAGAGAGAGCAGAGACCAUUUUGGUCUUACUCAAACAGAAAUUUCCCGGUCUUCCUCAAUCUUCCCUUGACAUCUCCAAGAUUCAGUUUAACAAGGACGUUGGACAAGCGGUGUUGGAGAGUUACUCGAGGAUACUUGAGAGCUUGGCUUACACGGUGAUGUCGAGGAUAGAAGAUGUUCUUUACACAGAUUCUUUGACACUAAAGGAAACUUUAUUGGCUGAAGAAGCAUCAGAUGGUGGGAGAACAACGGAAACGGAUUCAGAGUCAGCGGGAUCUUCCAACUCGGGAGAAGAAACCGAGAAGCUUGACCCACGCUACUCUAAGACCUUGUUGGAUUUCAUGGGCUGGAGUGACAAUAGUUCCAAAAGCAGCGAUAAACCUACUAAAUCCCCAGGUCUUACGCCGAAAAAAUUCUCCUACUUGGAGAAUUUGAAUGGUUUUAGAAGUCCCAAAGCUAGACAUUGAUCAUGAAAAUCCACGUGUGAUACAUUUACAAAGAACAUAAAAGUAGCAAAUGAAUUAUUUACACCCUUUCCUUCCGGCAGUCUUCCUCGGAUAGAGAAGUCUUUAGCUUAAGGGGUUAAACUCUUGAAAAGAAGAUAGUUAUAUUUCAAUUGUACAUGUUUGAUGCAGAAUCUUUAAAUGUUGCCUUUGUUGUUUUUGUCUUCCAAAAUCUGAUAAUAUCCCUUAUAUAUU